AUGGAAGCCUUACAUGAAUUCUCUGCACCUCCUGGUGUUGCUGUGUCAAAGGGGGAUAAUAUUCAACUUGAAUACUUCGCCGAUGGUGUUACCGUUUUGACAAAGGAGGCUGACGCAACCAAUUGGGUCCACAUUCCAAUCACUGUUCCUAAGCGUCUCAACGGCAAAGACACGAAGUUGAAGAAGGUUGAAACCCGUUUUCAAGCCGGAGCAAACAAAGUCCAAUGGAUUCGCGUCAUAGUAGACAACAAGGAAGUUAAAGAACAAAAUAACCUGAGCCUGUCAGGCGCAGACGAAAUUACAUCAAUAACAUGUGAUAUUUCACCACCAGCCCCCAUUGGCUCAUCAGGAGUGAUAAUCUCAUUCCGUGUCAAUAUUAAACUACUUGAGUCAGUUAUUUUGGACGGAGCUAUCGUCACUCUGUCAGACGCUUGA